GCCGGAGUAAAGGGCGGACGUUCUCGGUCCUCGCGCGCCGGCUCGUCUCGACUAGACUCGACUCCGCGAUCCGCGGCUCGACGUGAAGGGUGGUGAAAACGCGCUGAGAGAAAAACUCGCGGCGAGCGGAUCGCUUUACCGAGAGCUCUCGCUUCUCGCUUCUCGCGCCGGGGGAUCUUCGCCGGGUCCGCGUGGUGCAAGUCCGCGGAUUUCCUGUCGGCCGUUCCUGACGUGUGACGCUCGCCCGGCGCUCGCCGCCGACACGUCGCGUGAGUUCCGGGGCUCCUCUCCUCGGCACAUCCCUCCCGCGGAAGCGAACCACCAUCUGGGAUCCUCGUGCCAAAAAUACACGCGCGGGAAUCGUGUCCAGCAGCCAUCGACAAUGGGGCGUGGGAAAACUCGCGGAACAUACGCUAUCGCGUCUGGACGAUUGUUCUCGAACCCUUUGACUCGGGCCUAGUUACUUGCUUUUCGAAGUUCGCGCAAUUUUGCGCGCCAUAGCCUGGGAAGACGAGAAAUCCACGCCGAAACGACGAAAGUGAGAAAGUUCAGUGGAUCCUCGCGUGGAGCGCGGCUGUUCGCAAUUAAAAGGACUUUUCCGGUUUGAUAAUCUUUGUCGAGCUCAAGCAUUACCACGGACGGCGCGACUCCUCCUCCACCGGCCGGCCGUUCCACGAGAGUUCACGGCUCUCCUCCCGCAUAGUCAAAGACAUGCAGAGAUUCUGCCCGUUCGCAUCCGAUACGAGGAGUCAGCUGUGCUGCGUCAAUGUCCAGUCGACGAAGACGGUUAUCCUAGAGAGAUACACGAGCAUAGACAUCUCGGAAAGCAUGCUAGCCGCACACCGGUACGAUUGCUUCGUGGAGGGCCGUUCAUACGAGAGGAAAACCAGAUUUAUCAAUCGUUCAACACAGGAGACCUCUCUGGAUCUUUAUCAGCAACUUUUGCCCGUCACGAUGAAUCAAUUAAAAUCUCCCCGCAACAGAAUAGAUUACAACCGCCAUUCUAUGCAACUUACAAAUAAGUCUCGGAAGCAAGAUGAUCAACAUUUUACUCCGAGAAAGUUUACCAACUCCAAAAAAGGCCGUUCGUAUCCGGACUCCAGUCCAGAUCACUUUCUAAAGCAGUUUCCUCCAGGAAAAUUGUCGCAACAGGAAUUCAAGGACAACGCAUUAAAUCGUUCGAUCCUCAAUCGAGAUUCCUUGAACGAAUAUCCGAAACUGCACAGCCAAAGUUCCAUGCUUGGCAGUUCCCUAAGCUGCUCGAGUGAGAGUCGUUCGUGCUCUUCAGAUGACAAUCUAACGACCUAUUCGCCAGUUCACCAGCUGGACGGAUCACCAGACGACCAUUUCGAGUAUUUUCGAAUGUUUGAAGAUGCCAGCGGAACUGAUGUACCCGGCCCGAAUUUCUCGGCCGCUAGUUACCGUAACGAGAGCUGCCAGCCGAACUAUGAGACGUUCGAAGAUCUCAAUAUGAAUCUUCUGAAAUUUGAUUUGCUGGACGAUAUCUCCAGGCGACAAUCGCCCGCACGUGAGGAAUGCAGCCCGAGUGUUGAGGGAGAUGUGAUCAACGAGUCAUUCGUAACUUUGAUGACGAAAGAGUUAGAGAAAGACGAGAGUGAUAUAAAUAUACUAUCACGAGAGCAGCGAACUCGUAGCCCGAGCAGUCAGAGAGACUCAUCCGAUUUUCCUUUGAUAUCGGAGUUGGAGGUGGCGAAUGAAAUAAAGAACGAAAAUUCAGGACAGCAGUCACCUGCGAACGAACGAUGGAGCCAGAACUUAAACAUGGAGGAGGAUACGUCCAGCGCGAUUACGACGGUCAACAAGGAAGAGGCGAAGGAUACUAUCGAGGAUCGAUCGCUCGAUCAGACCAUGAAAAUCAUGGCAUCGCCGUACGAGUGCAACGAUCAUCCGUGCGCGCAGAUGUCCUACUGUCAGACUUGCUGCAAAAUCAUCUGCAAGGAAUGCGCCACUCAAUGCGUUUGUAAGCACGUGACGGUGGAUCUUGUAGAGUUUCUCGACAUCACCCAGCGUCAGGCUGAAGAGGUGCUGAUGGAGGCCUAUCUUGGAGUCGACGUUCUUGCAGAUGAUAUGGAAAGUAUGGGGUUGGACAUUGCAGCGUUAGAUCAGAGAACCAGGGAGGCGCUCACUGACGUGAAGUUUUUUUCACGAAGACUGUGGUCCGCGGUGGAGGAGAGGGAGAAGAAAUUGUUUAAACAAAUUGUGGAAACGCGCCGAUGGAAGUAUGAAGUGCUUCAUGAGAAGUACAUGAAUUUAAAGGAGGAUAAGACAAGGCUUUCCCAAGCCAUUAAUGCUCUCAAAUGCGCGAUCCAUGACGCGCAAUCAUCCUCUGCGUGCAAUCCUGAUGACCUUUUGCAGAGAAAAGAUAUGGUGUUGGCUGAGAUCUGGCAGAUUCGUCAGAGUCGGAAGACAAAAAUUCGAUCUGUCCGAGACGACAAUUGGAUCUCUUUCAGGAAUCCCGAUAACAACGUGCUGUCCGUGAUCGCUAACGGAGGAAAUAUUUUAGUGAACGGUCCAGGUACGAUCGGGGACCGUCUACCAAAUCGCGAUUACAAAAUAUCGCAAUCGUACUUUCCGUACGGAAUAAGCGAGCAUAUGAUGCAAUCGAUUCCGCGCGGUCGUCCGAUAGUAAACUACGAUCGCAGUGUCUGCCUCCCUAACCGAUUACCGGAGUUGCAAGUCAAGAGCACGGAUGUCACAAUUCUUGGCUACUUUGGCGAGAAUAAUCCCGACAAUCUCUGCCGUCCGUGGGGACUGACUUGCGACCAUGAGGGCAACAUCAUAAUCAGCGAUCGAUCUAACAAUCGUAUACAGAUUUAUCGCGAGGACGGCACGCUGAUCAGGAAAUUUGGAUGCUACGGAAAUGGCCCUUGUCAAUUCAAUCGUCCAGCCGGAAUCGCCGUCGACGCCAGACGUCGCCUUAUUGUGGUCGACAAGGAUAAUCAUCGCGUUCAGAUUCUGACUACGGAGGGCGAAUUUUUGAGGUCCUUUGGCGAGCACGGCGAAAAACAGGGCCAAUUUUGUUAUCCUUGGGACGUAGCGGUAAAUUCAGUUUGCGAAAUCGCGGUUACAGAUACGAGGAAUCACCGUGUACAGCUAUUCAGUCCUGAGGGUAUUCCUCUACGUAUGUUCGGUGGUCAAGCUCAUCAAUUGAGAUAUCUAGAUUCGCCGCGCGGUAUCUGCUUCAAUCCUGAGGGCAAGCUUGUCGUCACGGACUUUAACAAUCACCAUGUUCUGAUAAUUGAAUAUAACAUGACGGAAAGUCGCAUACUUAAAUGCGAGAAGGAAUCGAAAUGCAGGAGGCAGGACGGGGAAAAUAACGACGGGCAGAACGAUGAAAACACUCCCACGUUUCAGAGACCCCAGGGCGUUAUAGCGGCCGACGACGGUAGUAUUCUAGUCGCUGAUUCCCGCCACAAUUCGAUCAAGGCGUUUAACUCCCUCGGUUCGUUACUCUAUUCUUACAAGCCCGGUCAAGAGGAAAUGGACCGUCCAUUGGGUAUAGCUCUUCAUUGGGACGGAAGAAUGACAUUUACGGAUUAUGGUCGUAAUUACGUGCGCCUAGUAAAAUUGGAAAAUCACGUGAAUCCGAUGCCGAGGAACAAUAUCAUGUUCGGUUGACACUUCAGGAUCGCAGACACCUUAUCCUGAUGAUCUAAUCAAUUUAAUGGAAACUUCAAAGAUUUCCGUUUACACCGAGCGUGAGCAUGGUACUGGCUAUCGCGAUGAAAGUUAUUGCAAUUUUUACAUUUGCAACGCGUGGCGAGAUUUUGAAGCCACCAGUAAAUUGCGCUAAGAGGUAUAAUUUUUCGCUGAUAAAACGAGAGAGGGAAAAGAUCUCACAUUCGUUGGUCUCUCCCGCGUCGUGAGAUCGCUCUACAUUGGACGCUCAAUUUUAAUCUUGAUAAAGAGUUGCAAUUUAUCGUUCUAGUACAUCUAUAAUGUUUGUCGUAAUAAUAUUCAACUCUCUUAUCUUUGAUUAAUUUACAUUCUUAUUAUUAUUAUUUAUCUGUUUUUCAAUUGUACAAUACGUAUUUUUUUACAAAUUUUAUUGCGCAAUGCGCUGUAUCUCCUGAUUGGAUGGACACACGAAAUGCUUAGCUCGGAUAUUUGUAGAUCUUUAUUCUCCAUCAUGUGUAAAUGAAAGACGUUAGAGCAAAGCGAAGAAAAAGAAUCUACGUUAAGUGUUUUGAAUGAUUAAAUGAUCAAAUAAUUGAUCGAUACCGCGCUCUAUUAACAAAAGUAAUAACGAAGAAAAUUGAUCGAGUUAUUAAUAAAUUCAGAUAUAAUUAGCGAUCAUGUUCGGGUUUUAUUAAUGCAUCUUAUUGUUGUUGAGGAAAUUCGAUUAUUAGUUCGAAUUAUGCAUUUUUUUCUUGUUUUUGUAUGACUAAUUUUAUAUGACUAAUGAGUUUUGUCUGUUUUACUAAAUUAAAUUUGAAUUUAAUUAACUCCAAUUUAUUUGCGGAUUUAUAAGAUUUGUUUACCUUUUUCUAAAUGCAAUUAUGCAUGACGCUGAACUAUAAUUAUUUUAUGAUUCUAAUUUUGGAAAGAAAAAGUUGAAAUUGCGAUAAGAUUAUUAAUGCAUGUAGUUUUAUAUUUAUUCUAUAUAAAAAUUUUUAAGUGUGUAAUAAACUAUAUCAUGAUUGAGUUA